CCCAGCUGGUGGCAUGCGCACACCUGUCCCGGCCCGUUUCCCGGGGGUGACUGUGCCAGGCUGGGCCGGGGGGGGGGGGGCACGGUGAGGGGGCGCUGCAGGCCCGGGGGGCUUGGUAGGGUGGAGGGUCCCAAGCCAGAGCGCCGAGCCUCCAGAGCUGCCAGAGUGGCCUCGCCCGCCCCGCACCCAGUCCUCGGGGUUCUCGGCCCCACGCGCCCGCCGCGCCCCGGGUCGGAGGUUCCGCCGACGGCUCCGCCCUUCCUCCGCCCCGCCGCCGCGCUCGGGCCCGGGCUGUCGGGACGCGCCUCCCGGCUGGGAGCGCAGAGUCGCAUGGCGGCGCCGGGACCGAGGAGCGGGCCGGGGGCGGCGGCCGACGCGCUAGCCCUGGCGGCAGAGCUGCAGGGCGAGGCCACCUGCUCCAUCUGUCUGGAGCUCUUCCGCGAGCCCGUGUCGGUGGAGUGCGGCCACAGCUUCUGCCGCGCCUGCAUCGCGCGCUGCUGGGAGCGCCCCUCCGGAGGCCCCGCGCGCGCCCUGCCAGGCCCCCCGCCCGGCCCCCUGCCCUGCCCGCAGUGCCGCGAGCCCGCGCGCGCCCAGCAGCUGCGGCCCAACAGGCAGCUGGCGUCGGUGGCCGCGCUGCUGCGGCGCUUCAGCCUCCCCGGGGCGGCGGGGCAGCCGGGGGAGCGCGGGCCCCGGGACGCGGCGGCCGGCUGCGCGCUGCACGGGGAGCCGCUCAAGCUCUACUGCCAGGACGACGCGCGCGCCAUCUGCGUGGUGUGCGACCGCUCCCGCGAGCACCGCGCCCACGCAGUCCUGCCGCUCGACGAGGCGGUGCAGGAGGCCAAGGAGCACCUGGAGUCCAGGCUGAGAGUCUUAAAGAAGGAUCUGGACGACUAUGAGGUGUUUCGUUCCACUGAAGAGAAGGAAAGUAAGGAGCUCCUGAAGCAGAUGGAAACUGAGAGAGAAAACGUGGGAGCCGAGUUCCAGGCACUGCGGGCUUUCCUGGUGGAGCAAGAGGGCCGGCUCCUGGGCCGCCUGGAGGAGCUGUCCCGGGAGGUGACCCAGAAGCAGAAUGAGAAUCUGAUCCAGCUCGAGGGUGAAAUCACUCAACUCUCCAAGCUCAGCAGCCAGAUCCAGGAAACAAUCCGAAAGCCUGACCUUGACUUUCUCCAGGAAUUCAAAACCGCACUGAACAGGUGCAGUAGUGUGCCGGGCCCCAAGCCAACCACAGUCUCUUCUGAGAUGAAGAACAAAGUCUGGAAUGUUUCCCUCAAGACCUUUGUCUUAAAGGGGCUCCUCAAGAAGUUCAAAGAAGAUCUUCGGGGAGAGCUGGAGAAAGAGGAGAAAGUGGAGCUGACCUUGGACCCGGACACUGCCAACCCUCGCCUCCUGCUCUCUCUGGAUCUCAAGAGCGUGCGGCUGGGACAGCGGGCCCAGGACCUGCCCAGCCACCCACGCCGCUUCGACACCAACACCCGUGUGCUGGCCUCUUGUGGUUUCGCCUCUGGCCGCCACCACUGGGAGGUGGAGGUGGGCCCCAAGGAUGGCUGGGCCUUCGGGGUGGCCCGCGAGAGUGUGCGCCGCAAGGGCCUCAUCCCCUUCACACCUGAGGAGGGUGUCUGGGCACUGCAGCUCAACAGCGGCCAGUACUGGGCGGUGACCAGCCCCGAAAGGACGCCGCUCAGCUGUGGGCACCUGUCCCGUGUGCGGGUGGCCCUGGACCUGGAGGUGGGGGCCGUGUCCUUCUAUGCCGUGGAGGACAUGCGUCACCUCUACACCUUCCGAGUCAACUUCCAGGAGCGGGUCUUCCCCCUCUUCUCCAUCUGCUCCACUGGAACCUACCUGCGAAUCUGGCCUUAGGGGACACUCCCGGCCUCACAAAGUCAGUCAAGGGUGGACUCAUCCUCAUCCUGGCUGCCCAUGGCCUCUACUCACCAAGCCUCCUGGUAUCUCGGGCUGCUCUCUGGUCUCCCAACCCCAGGCUGCUGCAGCCCAGCUUCUGCCAGGCAUGAGAGUGGACACUAGGGAAUGGUGUCCUUCCCUGUUCAGCUGUGCCUUGGAUCCUUGGGACCUUUCCCCUGCCUGGUGACAGCAUCUGGACUUGGCUUGAGCUGUGAGGAGGUGGAGGUUGGUGAGGACAGGGGCCUGGCUGGUGCUUCCUGUCACCAGCUUCCUACCAGCUCCGCAGGACCUGCCACUUCCUGCAUCAACACCAGCCCUGGUCCUGUGCUGUCCUUAGUUGCAAGGGGCUAGAAUUGGCUGGGCCAGCCACUUCUACGUUGUUUGCUAGUCUAUGGCCAGUUCUGCCUUCAGAGACCUGGAUUCAGCUGAGCUCACGAGGUUAUCUACUCAAGGAGGAGCACAGUGUUCCAGCUGAGAGGAGUCUGGGCCAGACUGGAGGGACCCUUGACUUGAACAUGAGGGAAGAACCCAGGACAAUAGCAUAGAGGCAUUGCUGCCCACCAUGACCCCUUCACCUGAUGGCACAGUGAUUUGUGUCCCCUUGGUCAUGGUGGCAGCUAUGUGUUCUCACAUAGGCCUAACCCCCCUUUCAAGUGCCAAAGUACAGUCUUUCUUGGGUCAGGAGGCCAAAGGUCCUGAAAUUUUGAAACACAGGGCAACACUUAGAAUCUUACAGAUGCACAGAGUACAAAAGUCUGUUUGACAGAUGCCUUCUGGAACUUACCAAAUAUAUGCAAACAGAUUCCUGGUUCCACAGCCUGCUCAGCCUGUGUCAUAGAAGGCCUCGUUUUUCUGGCUAAUUGUUUUCCAACUAUUUAAAAGCUGGGUAUCUGGGAGGGAGUGGUGGCCUGUUCCAUGCUUAGUGCUCCCCAAGGGAAGGGAGCAGAGGUGGAAAUACAGACCGUGAACUCAA